AUGGCCCGCACUGGACUCCCCCCGUGCGAUGCCCUUGCUGAGGCUGGGUUAGGCGACUGCCUCCUCUUUGCUACGGACCCGGGUUACGAGUCGCGACUUCAGACGUACUGGUCUGCCAGCACCCGCCUAACGCCUUGGUGUAUCGUUCAACCCCGGACAUCGGACGAGGUCUCCUUAACUUUGACAACACUCACCAGUGUUGGCGACGGAGCCGGCAGCUGGCAUGCUGCGGUUCGCGGAGGCGGCCACAACCACUGGCCAGGUUCGAACAACAUUGCUAAUGGCGUAACGAUUGAUUUGGGCCUGCUCAACAAGACCACGUACAAUGCAUCGAAUAACUUCGCUUCAGACCUGACAGAACAUGGUAUCAGUCUGGUCAGAAGAAGCCGCGCCGGUGGCGUAGGUGCCUCCGGGUUUCUGCUCGGAGGUGGUCAUUCGUACUACACUGGGCACCUGGGGUUCGGGUGUGACAACGUCGUUAAUUACGAAGUUGUUCUGUCCGACGGUAGAAUGAUAAAUGCUAACGAAACAGCGCACGCCGACUUGUACAAGGCGCUCAAGGGCGGCGCUAGCAACUUCGGCAUCGUCACCCGUUUCGAUUUGGAGGCUUUCCCAUCCGCUGAUCUGUACGGUGGCUCGCGAAUCAUCAGCACAAACUACAUCGACCAAAUUAUCAACGCCGUGAUCGCUUUUGCCAACUACAAUGCGUCGCAAGCCCGCGACACAAUCACGCCUACUUUCGUUCACGACACUCAGGUUUCGCCGAACAUCACAAUAGAAGCUUCGAUUCUCAACAUUAACGGGUCGCCGAACACAUUGAUGGAGAUCACACGUAUACCUGCUGUUUCUGAAGAUCUGAGAAUGAGGAGUCUUGUAUCGCUUGCCCAAGAAUCUACCGUCAGCGGUACCAGUAGAAGUAUAUGGCUUACGUUGACGUUUCGAGCCAUCCCAGUGGUUUUGCACCAAACUGUCGCAAAGUGGGAGGAGUUUGUAGAAAACAUGCAAGGCUUCAUGUCAACAGACGACUUCCAGGUACAGAUGAACUUCCAACACCUCCCUACAUACUACGGCACUUCAAGACGCGGAGGAAACGUACUCGGCCUAGAUUCUUCUUUGGUAGAGAGCUCAGUCCUGUGGGUGAACAUUGUCAAUGUCCAGACCGCUGAGCAAGAAGCGAUCGCACGCCUUCUCACAAAUACUCUGCGCGCCGAAUUGGAAGACUUCGCCGUUGCUGAGAACGCCAACGUUCCUUUUCGAUACCUCAACUACGCAGAACCAUCUCAAGAUCCGCUUCGUGGCUACGGAGCUCAGAAUGUUGAGUUUCUCCGCAAAGUCUCUAAAGCAUACGACCCCAAAGAUGUUUUCCAGUCACGCAUUAUUGGAGGAUUCAAGAUCUCGAGAACAACAUGA